AUGUCCAGCCCCACCAAAACAUCUGAAACCCAGCGCCUACUCGAACAACAGGCCAAAGAGGAGCAAGCAGCCAAAGCGGCACAGCAGGCAGCUAGGCCUACAGCCUACCCAAGCACGGACAAGGAGGAUGAAGAAGUGGUCGUGGAGCAAACCAAGCGCAAAGGCAAGGGCAAGGUUGUUGAGUCAUCCAGUGAGUGCGAGAAUCGAACUCAAGAGCUCAACACAAGCCUGGGGAUGAAAGUAGUUCAGAGGGCGAGAGAAGGAAGAAGGGGCAAGGAGAAGGAGAAGGGGCAAGAAGAAGAGGAAGAAGAUGAUGAAAAGGACGAUGAGGAGCCGGGGACGGCUGCGGCCACAAAGGGGAAGACGAAGACGGCACGCAAGGUGAAGUUGCAAGACGAGAGGAACCAGAUCCAGGACGAGGGGAUCGCGAAGGCAGAGGUGAGCUGGCCCGUGAUGCAGGAGCCGUGUGCCCACUGCAUUGCGGCUGGCAUUCUUUGCCAAUGGAACCCGAGUGCCGUGGAGAAGUGGCGUUCGGCCGUCGAGAAUGGCAAAGGGACGAAGUGCGCACCACCUGGUGUCUCGUGCCUGGCGUGUAUGUGCACCAAGAUUACAUGCAUGCUGCCAGCUAUGAAGUGGAUGUGUGACCGGCUUGAGAAGAACAAUGAUGGCAAGAGGAAGCAGGACAAUGACGACAAAGGGGACUUCAAGCCAGAGGGAAGGUCAAAGAGGGUGAGGGUGGAAGAGGAGGAAACGCCGUGA